UUUUAUGAAGCUGAGCUUCUCAUUGAAAGCAGGGAGUGAGCUAGCACAGAGGAGUCAGCUAGCAAUGAGGAGUCAGCUAGCACAGAGGGGCUGGGUCCAUAGAUCGAGCUGGAUUCCACACAUUGGUUCCUCGGGAAGGCGUGUUGUUCCAUCGGCUGCUCCAGCUACGUGCGGCUCUGGCGCUGUCCACGAUGCAGGUGCUGAAACCAAGCCCACUGCCGCUCUGUGCUCAGCUGAAUGAAUGAAAGAAAUAAGAGGCGCUGCAGCUGUCCCCGGCUUAGGCGCUGUCCCCGGCUCAGGCGCUGUCCCCGGCUCAGGUGCUGAAAUCCAGCCGCCCCUCCUCUGAUACAAGGACGACUCGGGCAGCCAUGAAGCAAGCGCAGUGCUGAAUUUACCGCUAAGCUGGGAACACUCAGGCCCCGAUCUCUGCAUCUUCCUCCCAUCCAGGGAACAAAGCCAUGGAUUUAUUGGGGAAGCAGCCACCUUCAGUGUCACCUGCCUGCUGGCUGUGUAUGGUAAAGUGCUGCCAUUUCAUGAGGAUGUGAGAGUCAGUCUAUUGUGGGUUGUGGUCGGGUGAGUGCUGUUUACCUGCUGAGAUGGCUUUCACUAGCAGGUGUGUGGGGCUGCUGAUGCUGAUGCUGGUGAACGUGGUCACAGGGCAGCUUAGGUACUCAGUGAAGGAGGAGUUAAAUCAUGGGGCGUUUGUGGGCAAUGUCAUCAGUGACCUGGGUCUAGAUCUCAAGCAGUUACCCACACGAAGCUUCAGUAUCACAUCUGGAAAUGACAAGCAGUAUUUUGAUGUUAAUCUAGGCAAUGGGGUCCUAUUUGUAAAUAGAACAAUAGAUCGGGAAUCGCUUUGUGUCCCAAGUGCCCCUUGUGUAAUCAAUCUGGAGGUCGUUGUAGGGAACCCUGUGGAGGUGCAUAACAUUGAGGUCGACAUAUUAGACAUUAAUGAUCAUGCCCCUAAAUUCCCUAGAAAUGAAUACAAUUUGAGUAUCAGUGAGUCAGCUGUGCCUGGAGCUAGGUUCCCUAUUGAGAGUGCAGUGGAUCCUGACAUAGGAAGCAAUUCUAUUCAGACCUAUAAACUAAGUGACAAUGAUUACUUUGCACUGGACCUAAAGACAUUUAAUGGCAACAGCAAGCUGAUUGAAAUUGUUCUGAAAAAACCAUUAGACAGAGAACAGAACUCUCUUCAUCGGCUGCUUCUCACAGCUAUGGAUGGUGGCAGUCAGGCAAAAUCUGGCACAGCCCAAAUUUUCAUAAAUGUGAUGGACACAAAUGAUAACAAUCCAUUCUUUGAUAAGUCUACCUACAAAGCUAGUCUGCUUGAAAAUUCACCAGUAGGUACUUUAGUGGUCAAGCUAAAUGCAUCUGAUCCAGAUGAAGGAUCAAAUGGUGAAGUUUUAUAUUCAUUCAGUAGCUAUACCCCACAGAAAGUUAGGCAGUUGUUUACUAUAGAUGCAAAAUCUGGAGAAGUUAGAGUAAAUGGAAUGUUGGACUAUGAAAAAUCAUCAUCCUAUGAAAUCUAUGUGCAGGCCACUGAUAAAGGUCCAGUUCCUAUGGCAGGACAUUGCAAAGUGCUGGUUGAAAUAAUUGACGCCAAUGACAAUGCCCCAGAGAUAGUUGUGACUUCAAAUUAUUCUCCUGUUGCUGAAAACUCACAGGAAGACACCGUUGUGGCUUUAAUGAGUGUAAAUGAUCAAGAUUCAGGGAUCAACAAACAAGUUAGCCUAACGAUCCAGCAAAACCUUCCAUUUAAAUUAAAAUCAUUUAAAAAUACUUAUAAACUGGUGACUGAUGGUAAACUGGAUCGAGAAAAGUGUCCCUCUUACAAUAUCACAGUGACAGCUACAGACUCUGGGAAUCCACCACUUUCAACUCAGAGAACACUAUAUGUGGAAAUCUCAGAUGUGAAUGACAACCCUCCAGUAUUUGAAGAGCCAUCUUACUCUAUGUAUGUUUUGGAAAACAAUGCCCCAGGAGUAUCUGUGUUCUCAGUAAAAGCAGUGGAUCCAGAUUCCAAUGAAAAUGCAUUUGUUUCAUACAUGGUUCUUCAAGGGGAUGCUGAAGGCCUCCCUGUUUCUUCAUAUGUUUCUGUCAAAUCUGACAAUGGAACUAUAUAUGCAGUCCAGUCAUUUGAUUAUGAAAAACUAAGAGAAUUUAGAUUUGUUGUUCAAGCACAAGAUGCUGGAAACCCCCCACUUAGCAGCACUGCUACUGUAAAUGUUUUUGUUGUAGAUCAAAAUGAUCACGCGCCAACAAUUUUGUUUCCUGCCCCUACAAAUGGUUCAAGGUCCAUUGAGAUGAUUCCCCGAGCUGCAAGUGCUGACUACCUUGUUACAAAAGUCAUUGCAGUUGAUUUGGACUCAGGACAAAAUGCCUGGUUGUUUUAUAACUUAGGCAAAUCCACAGAUCCUAAACUUUUUAAGGUGGACUUGCAUACAGGGGAAAUAAGGACUACAAGGAAAGUUGCAGAUGACAGUAUUACCAACUACAACUUGACUGUUAUUGUAAGAGACAAUGGGGAACCUCCUCUUUCCUCUUCCACCACCAUAAGUGUGGCUGUUGUGGAUAGGAUUUCACAACUUGUCCCAGGCUCCCAAAGACAUGUCAAAAAUAGCACAAGCUACUCUGAAAUGACGAUUUAUUUGAUAAUAGCUCUGUGUUCUAUUUCAUUUGUAUUUCUUUUGACACUGAUUGUCAUUUUUAUUCUUAAAUGCUGUAAGUGUACAAUUAAUGUUGACCCAUGCUGCACUUGUUGCUGCACAGGGUGUUGUGUCGUUCAGAACCCAAACCCUGCAGACCCAAACAAACAAGCCAACAAUAACAUUGAAACCAGAAUUCCACCUGGACUGAAAGCACAGCCUCAUUUUAUUGAGGUUAGGGGGAAUGGAUCACUUACAAAGACCUACUGCUACAAGGCCUGCAUGACAGCAGGGUCAGGAAGUGACACUUUUAUGUUUUAUAAUACUGGUGUUCCAGUAGGAACUAUGACAAUGCCACAUGCAGUGAUUGCAGACAGACACCUUACAGCCCAGAGUGGACAGAGACAUAGUCUAAUCAUCUUACAAAGUGAAACAACUACUCCUGUAGAGCCAAAACAUCCUAACCCAGACUGGCGUUACUCUGCAUCACUAAAAGCUGCAAUGCAGGGUGCUGUACAUAUGGAAGGAGCAGCAGUCUUACGUGGCGCAGCUGUAGGACUCGAACAACAGUGGCCAACAGUUUCCAGCGCAACAGCAGAACCCGAAGGAGGAGAAGUGUCUCCCCCAGUAGGAGCUGGUGUGAACUGCAACAGCUGGACCUUCAAAUAUGGACCUGGCAAUCAAAAACAACCAGUGCCACAAAUACCACCCGAUUUUCCAGAGAAUUUUAUUAUCCCAGGAUCCCCAGCCAUCAUUUCUAUCCGCCAGGAUCAGCCAUCCGCGCAAGCUCAAAAAAGUAACUUCAUAACCUUUGGUAAAAAGGAAGAAACAAAAAAGAAAAAGAAAAAGAAGAAGGGGAACAAAAAUCAAGAGAAAGCAAAUAAUAACGCAGCUGACAACAAUGAUCAAUGAAAGGAUACUGAAGCCAAUUAUUUCCCCCAUUUUUGUAAGACAUAAUGUAGCAACUCAUAAUUAUCUUCCUAUUGUUAAUGCACCUUCCUACAAACAAAAAGACUUCAUCAUUCAAGCCUGAGAAUCUAUACAGUUUGUCAAUAUCAUUAUCAGAUUGUGUCUUAAAGCUUUAUAAUGUCAAAUGUUUAGUCAUAUAGUAUCCAGCGGUUGUCUUUCACAUCCAAAGAAUGCAAAUGCAGUUUGUGCAUAUAAUAAAUAAGUGACUGUUGAAGUGUUACUGUUGCCGGUGGUGAGGGAGACUUUCAUUUUUUAGGUGAAGCCACUAUUCAGUUCAUCAGGAAUUACUAACAUUACUGUUCCAUUGGUUAUUUUAUGCCUCUGGGAUACCUCUAGUUCCUGAUCCCAGAUUGGCUGCAUUCUCUAAAUAUUUAUAUACAUCCUGCCACAAGACUGAAAGUCUCCAGUGGAUACUGGUAACAUGUAUACUUUAAGGUAUAUCUUUGUAAAUAAAGUAUAAUGUACAGAAAAACAUGUUAUAUUCAACCACUCAUGGGACAAGAUGCACAUGUAAAUUUACACCAUAUUUCUGAGAAAAAAUAGAGUACAAAAAAGGAUAAACCAAUAUUUUCAGAAAUGGGCCAAAACACCCAUUAACAAUCAAAUUCAACCACAUCAAAUAAAUAGAAUAUCUUUACAAUUAAUGUAGAUUUCAUACUGAGUAUAUUGAUAUGUAUAAUAAUUUAUAUAUACCGACCUUCAACCAUUACGUUUUAUCAGGCUCUUGACAACAUUUGAAUGCAUCAAGCAAAACCUACAUAUAAGCUAAUUCCUCAGGAAUCAAGAUAGUAAAUAACAUGUUUAUUUCUGUUCCCACCUUCUGUUAUUGUAAAUGUAAUCACUUCUGAAAAAAAAUCACAUAUACUUACAUAUAAAAUAAGAAAAAAAAAAAAAUUCACAUGUAAAUAAACUCUUACUUAGCUCAUACUUUUCAAAGAGUGCAUAUUAAGGGUGAAAUAUAUUCUCUUCAAAGCAAAAAAGCUAAUCUUAUUGUAGUGUAUUUUAAGGAAAAUUAUAAUCAGGGUGCAUUAUACUAUAUGACGUUUAAAGGAAAAUGCAAAAAAA